CGCCGACAGUCGAGCAUCGUGUUCGCUCGCUAACGACAAAAACCCGCGAGUGAUUCCCAAGUGAUGUUGACUUGUGACUAGUGCCAUGUUGUUCCAUUGUGCUAUUCUGGUGGCCCUGCUCGGCACUGCCGCCGCCGCUUGGCAGGAGAAUGUACGCCCGAAGGUCUUCGCACAACUAGGAGUGGAUGACACACACAAGUUUCUCGGCAAUGAAACUCACACAGACUACUUCAGGUUGUUGCUGCGAGAUGGAAACUUCAUGCUCAUUGGCGGGAGAAACGUGGUGUACAACCUCAGUCUUACAGAUCUGACAGAACAAAGAAGACUGGUCUGGUAUUCAGCUGAGAGUGACGUUCAGAUGUGCGUUGUGAAGGGAAAAGAUGAGGAAAGCUGUCAGAACUACAUCCGUGUGCUCGUUUCAUUGGGACCAGGAAGAUUACUCAUCUGUGGCACAAACAGUUUUAAGCCUGUUUGCAGAGAAUACAACGUACAAAGAGAUUCUUAUCACAUGGAAAAGGAAAAAUCAGGCCAAGCUGUUUGCCCUUACGACCCGGAACACAAUUCUACGGCGGUCUACGCUGAUAGUGAAUUGUAUUCCGGAACUGUGGCAGACUUCAGCGGCAUGGAACCAAUAAUUUACAGAGAACCUCUGCAAACCGAACCGUAUGACGCCAUGACGUUAAACGCACCGGAUUUCGUCAAUUCUUUGGUGCACGGCAACUUUGUGUACUUUUUCUUUCGGGAAACUGCAGUCGAGUACAUCAAUUGUGGAAAGUCUGUGUUCUCUCGUGUGGCCCGCGUGUGUCGCGACGACCGAGGAGGCCCUCAUCGCUUCAAGCAGCGAUGGACGUCCUUCCUCAAGUCCAGGCUAAACUGUUCUGUGGCUGGAGACUUCCCGUUUUACUUCAAUGAGAUACAAUCGACAACAGAGCUGAUCGAAGGCGUCUACGGUGGACUUCCAGCUCACUUGAUCUACGGGACUUUCACGACUCCACCCAACAGCAUAUCAGGGAGCGCCGUGUGCGCAUUCAGCAUGCAAGACAUCGCUGAUACCUUUGAGGGUACUUUCAAAGAGCAGAGCGCAAUCAAUUCCAACUGGUUGCCUGUUAAUUCGGCAAAGGUACCAGAACCGAGGCCAGGAACAUGUCACAACGACUCCCGACAGCUGCCAGACCAGACGCUUAACUUCAUUAAGACCCACGCACUCAUGGACGAGUCUGUACCAGCGUUCUUUGGGGAACCAAUCGUCAUAAGAACCAGUUUUCAUUACCGGUUUACACAAAUCGCUGUAGACCCACAAGUGAAGACACCAGGGGGAAAGGCAUAUGAUGUUCUCUUUAUUGGAACAGACAAUGGCAAAAUCAUAAAAGCAAUCAACGCAGUGUCGUACGAUACGAAUAAACGCGCCGCUCCAGUUGUCAUUGAAGAGUUGCAGGCAUUCGGCGCUGGUUCGCCAGUGAGAGCAUUGAGGGUUGCGAGAGCUGGAAGGGAUGCAGCCAGACUCAUUGCCGUAUCCGACAAGGAAGUGCUCAGCUUGCGGCUUCAUAGGUGCUCCAGUGAUAAGAUUAGCUCUUGCUCAGAAUGCGUUGCUCUACAAGAUCCAUACUGCGCUUGGGACAAACAGGCCGGAAGAUGUCGCGCGUACACGCACGGAGUAAGUCGGUGGCUAGACGAGAAUUCUUUUUAUCAGAGUGUCAGCACUGGAAGCCAUGCAGCCUGCCCACACAGUAAGGAUGCUGGAGCUGUUGGUGGGUUGAGUUCUGGCUUGUAUGAUGAUGCUCGGGGAGAAAACAAGGGUGAAGUAAUUAACAUCGUGCAAGAUAAAGAAGGCAAAGGAAUUAGUAACAACAAUGAAGGACCAGAAGUUCUUGCGGCUGAUCCACCUCCUGCGGCAUAUUCCGUAGAGACAUUAGCACUAGCUGUCGCAGCAGGAGCUCUAGCGGCUUUAGGAGCAGGAUUUGCAGCAGGAUAUAUCUGCGGAAGACGAUGCAAGAAAGAUGACGAUGAUAACAUGCCAUACCCAGACACAGAAUACGAAUAUUUUGAACAAAGGCAAAAUAUUAAUAGAAUUCAGGCAGAACCUAAGCUCCUGCAGCAGGUCGAAGAAGUCACAUACGCAGAACCAGUUCUUGCCCCUCAACCGAAGCCAGCAUCACCAAGAGCAACCCUGCGCAAACACCCUCCAUACCACCCUCAUCAUGAAACACUCUUCCAGUUCCAACCUGACUCAUACCGGCGGGACAACUUCGGCACUCUUCGCUCGCAUCAGGUCAAUGGGGAUGGGUACCGGCGCGGGAACGACAACGGGUUCUCGACCACGCGCUCAGUAAAGAAAGUGUACCUCUGAGAAACAAGCGGGGCGGAUUCGCGCGAGCAGAUGCAUCAUCACAAACAUAGUACGCAUCAUCACCACACGUUGGUGUCUCAGCGCAGCAGUGGCUCGGGGUCGCUGUCGGCCGGAGGGAGCUCGUCGUCCCCCUCGCCCCCCUCGUCGUCCCCGUCGCCGUCGACCGAGCGGCCCCCCCCCACUCCGCCGCCCCCCGCCCCUCAAGCCUGCGCCUACAUCUACCGCAACUAAAGCGACCGCCCCGCAACUACCACUUCUCUGACAAAUCCCUGAAUGGACGUUCCAAAGACAUUCCACGAAGGUGCGUGAUUGUUAUUCCGAUUGUGUAAAUCUUUGUUAUUGGAUAUGGAUGUUUUGCUAAUGCAGGAGGUAAAUUAGGUUAUUUUGGCUCUGUUAAGCGUAAAAUAUUCGAGUUUUCGGCCAAUAUAACCUAUAUUAUUCAAACUGUACGUAGACUGGAUAAAAUGAAUUCAGUCGUUGUUAAAUAUAACUUAAUUGUUCAUAAUAUGUACCCUCUUUAAAGUGUGAAAUUUGAAAUUGCUGUAAUUUCGACUGGCUACGAUAUUGUUUACGAAAUACUUCGUGCAAGGAGAAUUGCCUGUUAUGAAUAUUAGAGUGGUCGGUAUAAUUCCAACACUGGAGGGAUUCCGUUAGGUGAGUAACGGUCUCUUCCAAAGAUUUAUAGCCUGCUACGAAACGCAGCUAAGUACAUAAAAAAUAUAUUUAAAGACAUAUUAAAUGUAAUAUGUCUAUGGAUGAAAAUUGAAAGUACAGAAAACAUUGUAACAAAUUUGUAGAUUGUUUAGAUUAUAUUACAUAGUUACAUAUAUUAUAUAGGUAAAUUAUAAGUUUUGUUGGUAACAUGUUGAUACGUAGUUAGUGUAUAUAGGUGGAAUAAUUGCAUUUUUAACCAUGCGUUUAUACUUACAAAAAUAUCGAACGCAAUAAUAUAAUUAACUUGCAAUCUCAGUUACCCAUUCAUUUUAGUGAUGACGUAUAUUGACCGAAAAUGCUUUUACACAAAUUCAGAAUAACUUUAAAAUUUAAAGAAGUAAUUCAAAUACUGGCAACUUUAUUGUCAAAGUUGCAUUUAAUAUUGCAUUGAAGGGGAUUAGAUGUUUUAACUAUCGUAUAUCGCUAAAUAUGUGAUGUAAACAAGUAAUUGGUGUAUUCGUGUAGUCAUUACGAGUUGAACCCGAAGUGUAAAGAUUUAAUGAAACAACAUAAUAUGCAAUUUAUACCUACCUAACUUGUAUAAUUGUAAAUAUUCUGAUAAUCAUUCGUAACAUUAAAGUGCUUCUUAUGGAUGUAUGUAGACUAGGAUAGAAACGUUUUGACUAUUCGGUAAUGUUAUAGAUUUAGCCAUUAUAAUAUAUAGAUUUAUAGUGUAAGCGAUGCCAAUUGAGAUUGUUGGUGCGAACAUUUUAUAAUAAUUAUUCAUUCUAUGGACAUGUUAAAGCGCGAUUCAGUCGAUAAAUUCACUAUGUCCACGUGUAGUAUUAGUCGUCGCACUAGCCCAUGUUUUGGUAUAAUUAUUUACAGACUACAGAUUUUGUAAAACUCUUUACUCUACAGAAAAUAAAUGCUCGUUGCAUAUGAUAAAAACAAUUAAAGUCGAGCUGGCAGCACGCAUAAUGGCUGUCAGUUGUCACUGCUGUAAUCACUUGUCAAGUGACACUUGAUAUCGAACGCACGUCAGACGCAUGUCUGUCUAUGAGUAAAUGAUUACAACAAAACAGGGAUGUGUAAUACGACAGCAAUGAUUCUAAAUGAUAACCAUAAUUGUGGGCCAAACGUUAAAUGAAUUUCGUUUUGAAACGUUCCUGUUGCUAAUAUUUUAUAGAUGAAAAUCUUCUUGGACACUAGUGUCCAAGAAGAUUUUAUGCUACCUAGGUAGCCUUUUCGAUUAUAGUGUUCAAAACUUCACAUAUUGUUGACAAUUGGAUGUAUAUAAGAAAUGUCAAUUCUAUUUAUAAUGACAUAGUGCCUAAGUAGGUAUGGCGGAAUAGUGAUGUAACAUAUGUUAUUCAGUCCAGUUAAUCGCACAAGUAUGUACGUACUCUGACAAAAUUUCUUAUCUUAUUCUAAUUUUUUUUAAUGAGGUUAGUGGCUCGAGAUGCAAGUCCAUAGGCAGUCUUAUUGUAAUUAUUUUCAAAAUGUUAUAUACAAAAACUACUUGAUACGAACUUAUAUAAUUUUCUUUAAAGCAUGUCAAUAAUGCAUGGAAAUUACUAUAUACUUGUGCGUUUCAUUGGGCCCUUUUUAUAUAUUGAGUCGACUGAGUUAGUACGACGUAGAUUAGAGCGACAAUAGUAUUUAAUAUGUUAGGCUGGGUGCACAUGUAACGAAUCCGGUGAAAAAAAACUUUGGAGUGAAAGAGAAAGAGUAUGCGUCGCAAUGCGAGUGAAUGGAAGGAAUACUUUCGUUUGCUGUUGUUCGUUAUAUGUGGACAAAGCCCUAUACAAAGGUUUCGCUUAGUUUUUAUAUUGCCAGCCCAUUCUUAACAUCUUAAAAUUGUUCUUAUUACCAUCUUUAUUUUGAUGACUCCAUUUUUUUUAUUUACCUUUUAUUUCAGUAUUUUAUUAUAGUAUUGAAAAAGUUCUUAGUCCUCUCUCCCGAUCUUUUAUACAUUAUAAUUAUAAGUUUAGACAUUAUAAUAAUGGAAAUAUUUAUUAUAAUGUAGAAACAGACAUAUUAGAAAAUUUAUAGCGCCUCAUAGAUAGGUAAGAUGGCAUUCUAAAACCUUAUUAAUAUUUAACAGAAUACUCAAAGUAACUUACGAUUACAUACCAAAGACGAUUGUAAAGAGUAAUAAUAAUUUAUAUUUGAUAUUAGUAGUUUAGCGUGUAUUCCUUUGUAUUUUUAAUUAUUUUUUAUCGAUACUGCCAAUUUUAAAAUUUACAUAAAACGCACAGCACUUUGGUUAAACUUAUUUAUUCUAUUAAGGCUUUCGUAGACUUUUCAACAUUAGAUACCGUUGGACUAUUAAAAGCGGUAUUGGUAAAUAUAAUAUUAAUUUCAAUGAAUUUUAAAAUGUCAACGCAAAGCAGCGUCCGUUGAAACUUCAAAGGAUACUUAUCUGAAUAUUUACCUCAUUUUAAAAUUCUGAGAAAUUUUCUUAAGAGGAACACGCAAGUAACGUAAAUGUAUAUAAAAAGAUUUGUAAUUUAUGAAAACGUGGAGAAAAUAGAGUGUUAAGCGUUAGGAAUUAAGUGCUAAUUUCGAAGUGUUACGAGUUGUUUUGUAAUGACAAAAAUGAUAGAAUGUACAAUAACCAUUUCUACGUUCAAAUAACUGAACCACAUUUUUAUACUCGUCAAAACAUGAACAUGCCUAGGUAACUUAUGUAAGCGUAAAUUAUUUAUUAAAUAUUGAAAAUUAUAUUAGAAGUAUCAUACCUACCUAACGUAUUUAAGGAUUAUAGACCGCUUAAUUUUGUUUGAAAACUUGACGCCUUAGUGUUAGAAUUUGAAGACUUUUAUUAUAAAUAUGUUAAAUGUAAGUACAGAGAAUUCGAUUUAAUUAAACAUCAAAUAAUUUAAUUAAAAUAAAAUUAUGGUUAAUAGCGCAUUAACAUAACACUGUUCUCAAAGUUAACCAUCACGUAAGUAAUACAAGAACAUAUUUCAAUGCAUUUCAGGUUAGAUUAGUUUAAAUAUCCAGAUGGAGUAUUGUGUUUGACAUAAACGUUGAACCGUGCGUAGAGGCGCUUAACAAGAUGGCUAUAGCUAUGUCGGCUGCGUUAUUCUGUACUCUGGUAAUACAACACCAAAUAUCCUAUUUUAUAAUACUAUUGUAAUAGUAAUUGUAAAAAUAAUUAAAUCGUACUAAAAACAAUAAAGCUCAAUCAAAACAACUUGAUAAAAAAAUUGUUACGAAGCAUUCAAAGGAUUUCAAACAACUUAUAAUUUAAGCAAAUAAUCCAUCUAGAUAUUAAUAAUUUAAUAAUACAAACUAAUAAUGUACGUUAUAUAAUUAUUAACUUGUGUUAUUUUGUUUUUGCCAAUUAUGAUUAAAUCAAUGAAUUUCGGUACUAUAAUCUAUUAACACCUAUUACGCUGCCGUUAAGCUGCCCGUCACAAACAGUUUUACCAGCUUCAAGCGUAAAAGCGUUCUUGUUUAAAUUGAAUUAAUGUGGGUGCUAUGACGUGCAUUUGCUAAAAUUUCUAAGCACGUAAGCACUAUAAUCUGAGAAUACUCGAUUAUUUUCUCUCUCUCUCAUCCUGAAUGAAAUAGUUAGGUCUUGACCAGACAGUAAAUGAAUAAACAGAAAUACACCUAUCACGCUGUGUAAAUUAAUAAAUGAGACACUAUAAUAGUUAUUUAUGCAACUGUUGAGUAAUAUGGGGUAUAAAAACGGGAAUGUACGUUUGAGAAUAGUAUCACAUGAGUGUUUUAAUACCCAAUUAUCAACAGUAGCAAACAAGACUUUAUCUGCACCCAUAAUAUGAAUCCUUAAAAAAAGCCAGUCCUAGUAACCAUUACAUCAUCCAAACGAGUGUUGUAAUGUUGUACUGAAUUUCAUUACAACAUCCGUUUGGAUGAUGUAAUGGUUAUUAGGAUAUUGGGUGUUUGAAUGUUGGCAAUAAGCUUAAGAAUGUUUAAUAGAGCAAAUAAAGCAUGGGUGUAGAUAAAAGUUUAUUUAAAAAUUAUAAUUUAAAAUAACAUAGGUACAUGUCUUUGGCCAGCACAUUAGUUUUGCUUACUGUUAAUAAAGUUAAUAAGUUCUGUGCUGACCCAUAUAUAAAUAUCUAUUAAUAUUUUAUGUUGAUGCAUUUCUCUAAUUAGUUCAUAAUUGUUAUUUACACCGAAAAAGUGACGGGACGAGGAAGAUGACAUUGAUAGACAAAAAUAUUAUCCGUGCGUAUAGUAUGAAACUUCAUUGAUUAAUUAUAUUUAUAUUUCUGUUUGUGCAAUAUUUUUCUAUUUCCAUUUCAAAUAGCUUUCAAUUCAUAAUUAUUUUAUAUUUGAGAAGUCAGUACUAUAAAAGUGCCUAUGUAAUUUUGAUUGCGUCUCUAGGGGUACAUACCCUUACUUACAUCCAUCAGUUUGCAUCCGCUGUUUCAGUCUUAGUAUGUUUUUAGCGUGCCUUUAGCUAUAUCUAGUUACCAUAACCAUCAGAAUGGCGUUAGCUUGGAUUUGAAGAAAAAAUUUGCGUACACUUUAAAACGAUAUACUAGUGGUGCGUUAUAUUAUUCACAUGUAUUAUAGUAUAAUGAUAAUGAUACAAUCAUAUCAAAAUUGAGUUAUGAACACAAAACUGGUCACGUGAUUCAUAUUAACGGACUGACAAAAAUGACAGCCCUACUGUCACUCUUUAAAUGAAAUCAUGACUUAGUAGCCAAACCCACACUUUCUAUGGUAUACAGUGAUAAUUAUUAAACUUUAACCACGUAUUCUUAUCCGAGCUUGAUGCUGAUAAGUCGAUCGUGUUCGCAACACCCUGCCUCUCAUUUUUACAGCAUUUAUAUUUAAUAAUAAAGACAGUGGGUAUUUAAAUAAAACACUUUUUAAAGGAUUAAAAUGCAUGGAAUUGUUUUUGUAUUUUUUUACAUUAGGGUUUUGCGUAAAAGUUACAAAUUUAUUAUUAUUUAGUUACGCCGACCUAAGAUGAUCUAAGAUUUAAAAAGUAUUUGUUUUAAUAAAUGUGUAAAACUCGUGUUAAUAAAAAGAAAUCUAAGACGGUUGUAAUCACAACCACACGAUACAAGUGAAAACAAGACGAGGUUAAUAAUACGAAAUACAACCAUUUUAAUGUUCUAUAUUCACUAUUAAUAUUUGUAAUAUUAUAUAUUUAAUUAAUUAUUCAAUGUGUAUAAAUAAUUUGGUCUGACUGAUCGCGCUCCAUUCCAAUUGUCUGGAGACGACGUUACCCGAAUGAGCGUUACACGUGCGUUACAAAGCCGAACGUGAAGCUUAGACUCAUACAAAAUAUGCACAGCGCAGCAGCGAAGAUUUUCACUUAUAAAUGCCUCAUUUAAAUUCUGGAACAUUUUGAGACGCAGAGUGUAAGAGAGCUAUUGAAAUCUACAAAUCUAAACAAAGACUGACAUUAAAAUAGGGUUUUUGAAUUAUGAGGAAAUGCACACAGCAUUAAUGCUUCACCAUUUAAUAGGUACCUUAUUAGAUAUUUACUUAAACAAUACAGUCUGUGUUCUAAAACACUGAAUAAACUUUAAAUACAUUAUCAUUAUGAUAAGUUUUCAUUGAAAAAAAAUGCCAAUUUAGCUAGAUUUGAUGUAACUUUAUUCAAACACCAAGCUAAUCGUCAUUUGAGUGGUUCAUUUAAAAUAUUUAAUAGCGUAUAUCUUUAAAGUUCCCUUGUGAAUAUAACUCAUUCUAAAACCUACCUAAUUAAGUUAAAUACGGCAUUGGUUUGCUUCUUAGACACUCCAUAGGAUAAGUAGGAGUUUUAUAAUGCAAAGCGCAGUGAUAGGACUGUUACACGACAAUCGCUGCCAAUAUUUAUAGAGUGCAAUUUUUAUAACUAGGAGCAAGAUCAAAUGACAUUGAUUUGUAAAAUACAAAAUGGUGUUGAGCGAUAUUUGGACAUUUUGUAUUUUCCUCAUCAUGUUGCAAAUGUUAUGAUCAUUUUCUCAUUAAAUAUUAUUAAUAUAUGCUAAAUAUUUUAGCAAAGGAUAAAGUGUAUUCCUUUUCUUUAGUAAAUAAAAUAUUGAAACUUGAA